AUGACACAGUCUUCAUACAUACUACAAGCAGUAGGCCACCUCGCGACCGCAAGUUGCGGGUUUCUUUGGAGAGUUCUUCAAUCUGCCCCAGUUUUUUGGGAGCGGGAGACCUUCGUCCCCCGCUCUCCGGGGGUUCAUCUCCUCCCAUCAAGGUCAGAAUGUGUCUUGUCAUUUUUGCUCCUCCCCAGGCUGGGCGGGUUUGGCCAGACCGGCUAA